CGCAACUCGAACGUACCUACUGAUGACUCCGAACACUCUUGCCAGAAGGCGCUAUAGGACGAAUCACCCGGCCUCCCAACCUCCGGCCCCGCAGGGCACCAGCAGAACGCGAAAAUGAAGAUCAAAAUCAAGUCCUACCAAGCCGUCGCCAACUGGAAGUGGGAUCUGCCAGAAGGUUCCGACGACAAGUGUGGUAUCUGCCGCAACGAGUUCGACGCAACCUGCACCAAGUGCAAGUUUCCAGGCGACGAGUGCCCCAUCAUGAUCGGCGAAUGCAAGCACACCUUUCACAUGCACUGCAUCUCCGGCUGGCUCGCAUCAGACUCCUCCCAGGGUCGCUGCCCAAUGUGUCGCCAGCCAUACCGCGAGAAAGUCGCCGAGGGCAAGCCGUUGCCUCGCACUCCAGGCUCUGACGGCGCUCAGCAGCGCAAUGGCGGCGCAUCCACCGUGUCGCGUUGAUGAGGCGUUCGCGGGCGGAAAUAUCCCUCGGCCGAAUUCGAAAAUCUUGGAACUCGUCUCAUCCCUAUUGGCGUGAUUAACAUGACCAGAUUAUCUGCAUCCGGGACCUCAUCGAGUGCGAUUUGGGGAAAGAAGACGAAGAAUGAUAUCAUGAAAGACGAUUGUACGGAUACACUGUUGAGAUACCCCUGAAGCGCAGCACCACCUGCUUGCGCUCACCGCGACUUGUUUGGAAUGAACGCAAUUGAUGUGAAGGAGGCGUCUGGAAACUGGGAACGACACUGGGUUUCUUAAACAUGUGCGGAUCUCAGGUGACCAGCUCGUCCUCUGUAUCAAGAAAGAAGGAUUUUGUACGGCAGCUCACUGCUUUCCAUACUCUCUCGAUGGCAAUCCUGGUCUCGCAAUAUUCGACGUUGACGGGUAUCGAUGGUAAGUCGUGACAACCAUGCAUAUACCCGCCUUGGCAUCUACCUUUCAUCCUGGAUGUGUGGCCAUCCUUACCACCUAGCGGAUCUGACGAGUGACGACUGCCGAGUGGGAUCCCUUGAAGCAUUCUUCAGAUUCUCAUCAUGACACAUGCAUUGAUGUGAUUGAGGUCGAUACAUGUACUGUAUGAGCAUUGUUAACGC